CGACGUCAUUAAAGCGCCGAACCAAUCAGCGGACAGUCGCGCAUGCGCAGUGGAUCAUCAGCGGUCCUGGCGGUAAAGUGAAAACGAGCAGAGGACGUCAACAACUGAGAGAUGUCUCAGGGAACAGAUUCAGUGUUCGUCUCGUCUCUCGGUAAAGGAGACACUUUACAUCAACAAGUUUUAGCAGCGUUUGCUCGGUGUCGGAUCUCGGAGGAGGACGUGCUCCGGAACACGCAGUUCUGCAGGUUACUGGCGACUCUGUCACAGCACGUGGACCGGACCGGACUCACACAGCACCUGAGGAGAGACCUGGAGAAGGCCGAACGCGAUCUUCACGCUCAGAGGUUGAGUUGGUUGCGUGUGGAGAACCUCCUUCGGGUCCUCCAAGAAAUCGUCCAGGAGAAGCGCUUCAGUAAAGCCUCCGCUGAUCUGACAGAGGAGGACAAGUUCUACGGCACGCUGGAGCAGUGUUUGAUGGUGGCUCAGUGUGUGAAGCAGAUGGACGUCAGCUCGGACAGCGGUGAAGAUCCCAGCGGCGUUCUGGGACUGACGGCAGAAAGAGUCCAGAGACUAAUGCCUCCAGAACAGGAGCUGGUGGAGAUGAAGCAGAGGUUGUCGUCAGAACUCCUGCAGCAUCUGAAGAAGAAGGCCGUCAGUAUCCUCACGUACUAUCAGCCGGAGCGAGAGAAUGAAAGCGAGGGUCUCAGGGAUGUGGCGCUCUCCAAACUCCCUGAACUGCUGGACGCCGAACAGAAGAGAGCCAGGAGCCUCACAGAGAAGAACCGAGAGAACGCCGUCUUACUGCAGCGACAAACACACUCGUACCUGUCUGAGCUGCUGAAGUGCAUGAACAUCCUUCAGUGUCUCGUCCUGGAUCUCCGGCUCAAGGCUCAGAAAGAUCUGGACCGGAAGAAGAUCGAGUACUUCGAGGCCAAAUGUGAGAUCGGUCUGCAGAAGAUCAGGGCCGAGAUGCUGGAAGUUCAGCUGGACACGUACACAAGAGAUAAGAUAGCAGCUCAGAGGAAAAUCACGGAGAAGCUGAGAGCGGAGCUGACCUCCUCAGAGCUGGACAAACAGACGCUGGAGUCGAAGCUGACCUCCUUCCAGAUCUACGGCGAGGAGUUCGAGGCCCUCGCUGAGGAAUAUUCAAGACUGCGGCGAGAAAUCGCCACCAAAUCGUGGGCUCUGAAGGAGUUCUCCUCAUGAAGGACUGAAUCAGCUCCACACUGAAGUUAGUGUAACGCUAGUCAGACCCGACCACUUCAUUCACUAAUUAACCAGCUCCUAUCAACAAGAACACGUUUAUUGUCAUGUAUUAAAAAUAAAUUCUUAGUCAAAUUAAAC